AUGGAUUAGAUUUCAUUUAUCUUCUUUUGCAAUACGAUCUAAAAACAGUUCCGUAAAUCCCCGGAGUUCAAAUAAGGAAAUAUUUUAUCAAAAGUCAGUUCAAACGCGUCUUUCUAACCCAAAAUGUUCGACAUCUCCGAAAUCGAGGAUUCGCCCAAAACGAUCAACAUCCUGUUGACGGGCGAAACCGGCGUCGGAAAAUCAACGUUCAUCAACUCCUUCGCCAACUACAUCCGCACCAGCAACUUCGAGGAGGCCUAAAAAUGAAAGCCCUCAUGCUCAUCCCCACCCGGAUCACCGUCUACGACGCCAGCUCCAUGGAGGACCGCAGCCUGACCACAGGUUUCGACAAGAACGAAAAGCAGGAUGUGGGUUCCUCAGCGACGCAGGGCGUCAAAACCUACUUGUUUCCUCUAGAGGGCGAAAACUUGCUCCUGCGGUUCAUCGACACGCCAGGAAUCGGGGACACAGCGGGUCCUGACAAGGACGACCAAAACUGCGAAGGAAUUUUGUCGUACUUGUCGCAGCUGAACAAGAUUAACGCGAUUUGUUUACUGAUGAAGCCCACGAAUGAUCGAAACACGGUGCUUUUUAGCUACUGCGUGAGGCGCCUUUUGUCGCAGUUGCACAAGAGUGCGUGUGAUAAUGUCGUUUUUCUGUUUACUAAUACCAAGGGUACCGACUACAGGCCUGGGGCCACGUUUACUCUAUUGAAGAGCCUGGUGGAGGAAAUCGAGACUAGACCGCCGUUUGUGAAAAUUCCGAUUAACAAGAAUAACGUUUUCUGCCUGGACAACGAAAGCUUUAAGCACUUGCUGGCUUUGGAUUAUGGCGUGGAGGUCAAUGCACGCACGCUAGAAAGCUGCAAGACGAGCUGGCAGAUUUCCUGCGAGGAGAUUUUAAGGUUCAUCAAUUACGUCCAGAAUUUGCCUCCCCACAACGUGAAACAAACAAUAAGCGUCAACGAAACUAGAGAAUUUAUUCUGAAACUGUCGAAGCCGCUGUCCGACAUCUGUCACUUGUUGCAGGAAAACAUCAUCACUUUAAAAACGAAAGAAAAAGAAUCGGCUAGAGCGAAUCAGACGAUCGAUGAGCUUGAACGAAAUUUGUAUAAACCGGGUGUCGAUUUGGAGAUUAUAACCCUCGAGUAUCCUGCUACCGUGUGCACAAACGUCAGCUGUGUUGACACAAUAAGGGUAGGUCAAAGUACCAAGCUCGUCUACAAAACGAGAUGCCACGAGAAGUGCUUUCUAGGUGUCGUCACGUACGACGUCAUAGGCCACUGGAGUCUUAUAACUUGCAGCGAGAUGUCCAAAUUCAAAAUUCCGCCUUCUUGCAAGCAUUGCGGAUGCUCAUACAAGGACCACAUGACGAUUUUCUACGACACCAGGGUGGUAGAGAAGCAAAUGAUCGACGAAGAAGUCGAGUCCGAUCUUUACAAUGAAGAAAGGCAGCGCCAAAAAAUUCGGGCGCUUGUCGAGGCAGUAAAAGUGGAAAAACGCGAACUCGAGAAAGAACUGGACUACAUAAGCCAGUGUGCGGCGAAAUUUGCCUACUUUCUUCAAAAUAACGCUAUAACGUCGUCGUACGACAACUUCAAGGAAUACGUUUACUUGUCGCUGCAAAGGCAGAAAAGUCUUGGGGACAAAGCUAAUCUGGACAUCGUGGCGAGUUUGACUGAGAUUUUGACCAAACACGAUAAUUUGCUGGCGAUAUUGAAGGAGAAAUGUUCGCUUGUCGAUGGUAGAGAAGUGACGGAAGAAAGCAUCUACAGAGAUGCGGAAAGUCUGUUCAACUUGAAGCACGCGGGACCCAAAGUUAAGGAGAUUUUUGAUGCUAGAGCUGCCUGUGCGAAGAAAGGAGUCAAAGCUCAUUUCAAAACUAUCGUGUCGGAGAAAAUCCCGAAGUGGUUUUUCGGACGUGCUUCCGAAUAAAUUGAAAUAUUUACAUAUUAUGUAGCAAUUAGUAGAAUUGUUUGAGGGUACAAAAAUUAACAUGUGAACUUAACUUGUUGUAGUUUCAAGUGUAGCUGGAUUAGUUUCAUUAAAACUAGCUUCGACAUGG